UGUGUUUCAUCUUAGAAUUCAUUUGAACUCUUCUACAACUAAAAGAAAACCCUAGGGUGGCAUUUCAAGAUAACUGUCACUUGAGAGGCAAUUCAAUUAAGUUUUUUUUUUAAAGCCAUGACAACAUGAUAGGUAACAUAAUAAUAGUUAUUCUUAGCUUUGCAUUUUUAAUUAACCAAUUUGAAUAAAAGAUCACUGAUUCCCAAAUAGGCUAUUAUGAUCCCUGAUAGAUCAUUUCAAUAACAAAAACAUUUCAGAUGUAUUUUUUUCAGUUACAAACUCGUGAUGUGUAGAUUAAGGACUGAAAUAUAACUUCUUGCUUAAAAUCGCCUUCGAAACAAUGGAAAGAACAAACGUCAUUGCAUUCGCUAUGAUGUUCAUUGGCGCUACUGUCUGUUGUCGAUGUAAAGAGGUGGGUCAAUAUUUAGGCAGCCUAAUGGACAAAGGCUAUAGCCGAGCCAGCUACCGUUAUUGCACUGCCAGAUUUGCUCCACCCACCGUAUCUCGAAACAUAUAGAAUAUAAUUUCCCGUCCAUUAUUGAAAAAAUGAAUCCCCUGUGACGGUGAAAAGCUUUAAACAGUAAAAUUAGCACAUUUUUCUUUAAUCUCCGUUGUCAGCUCGGCUUAAGCUCCAUUUAAACACAGGUUAGUAGCUGCAUUGUCCAGACGCACACUCUUAAAUAGCGGCCGGUAUCCUGGCAACCUACAAACGCUCGAACUUGGCAGAUUGCAGCUGAAGUACUUCGAGAGAAGGGACUGCCAUUUCCAACGCAACGAAUGCCAAUGCACAUAACUUCACAUUGUUGUGGAAUAUCAGGUAUUCUGCUCUGUUUGUAACGUAGGCCUACUGUUUUAAAAUAGUUUUUAACUAGUGGAUACAUUUCGAAGUUAGGCAAUUGCUUGCUAUCUAGGCUACCUAACAGAGUUGAAACGGAAACGUUAGCUAGUUACGCAUCCAAUUGCUCAUCGACUCUCGAUACGCAGCAUUUUUCAUGAUUUUUAAAAUUAAUUAGAUUAAUCCUUCAUUGAUUCUGAUGAGCCCGGUGUUGCGCUGCCAAAGGACCGAAUAAAUGUGGCUUCUGCACCCUUAUGCUUCCUUAGAUGUAACUGAACAUGUAGUACACAUCUAGACAAUCUAUUGUGGAUUGUCCAACAUAGUUGGACCGAAUACGGUGCCACAGCAGGACGCGUUUGCCAGUCCAUGCAGGUCUCAAAGAGAAGACAGCCAGGAUGUCCACCGAGUACCAGCAAAACGGGACGGACGACGAGACUAGCAGCGAAAAGGUGAAACGCGGCGGUGUCGGGCCCAGCGUCCUCACGCACGGCCUGCAGCACCUGCAGCACUUCCCCAGCGGCGACGCCCCCGUGCGUCACAUGACCCACGGCGAGGGCCCGGCGGCGGCCGUCCUCAGCCUGCACGGCGGGGGCGUGGCCAGGGCCUACCGCCCGGAGGACGGGCGUCUGCGCGCCGCCCUCCGCCCCCCCGUCGACUUCGCGGGCCUGACCGGGACGGGGCUGGCGGGACGGGUCGCCGGCUGGGGCCCCGGGGCCCGGCUGGCCCUGCUGGACGGCGAGCUGCGGCCCCUGGCCCGCGCCGCGGACCCCCCGGACGUGCGGGCCUGCCGGGCCUCGGAGCGGACGCUGGAGCUGGUGACGGCGGGGGAGGGGAACGUCUGCGUGUGGUGCCUGCACCACCUGCUCUGCAAGGUGCGGGUGCUGGAGGGGCUGGGCCCCCGGGACGUCUUCACCCUGCUGGCGCUGGCCCCGCCCGCCGCCGGCCGCCAUCACCGGGCCUACGCGGCGUGCGGGACCGCCGUCGCCCUCGUCGACCUGACGGAGGGGAGGCUGCUGGAGAGGAGGCGGAGCCUCCACCUCAGGGAAAUCACGAGCAUGGUGCACUGCCCUCUGCUGGAUUGUCUGGUCACUGCAUCAAGAGACACUUCCAUCCGAGUGUGGGGUCCGGACUGGGCUCUGCUCAUAGCCUUCGUCAGCCACACAGACGUGGUGACCAGCCUGACCUCCUGCCCUCUGUCCGGCCUGAUCAUUUCGGCGUCUCUGGACGGGACGCUGCGGUGCUGGAGCUUGGAGGAGGGGGACCAGGUCCAGAUGGUGCACGUGGAAGGAGGGGCUCCCCCUUUGGGGCUGGGGGGGCCGGGGGCCGGCGGCACCUUCUACUCCUUCUCUGAGCGGGGCGUGGACUUCUGGGGCAUGAACAGCCUGUGCCACCUGCACUGCAGGCUGGGCGCGGACGGGCACCACAGCGGGCACCGCGGCGGCCCCCUGCGCCAGGUCGUGGUGCCCCCCUCCCCCCCGCCCUUCCCGCCCCGGGCGCUGUGCGUCAGCGGCGGCGGGAGCCUGGCGCUGGUCGCCGUGGAAACGGGGGCGGUGCUCAGCUCCUUCGCCCCGGGGGCGGGGCGGAGGGUGAGGGGGGCGGACUACUGCCCGCACAGGGAGACCCUGCUGGUCCUGACCGAGGAAGGGGCGGUGCUGAGGGCGAGCGCGCUGACCAAUCCGGCCGCUGCCCUGGAUGACUGGCGGGGGGCGUGGGAGGAGCCGUGGCCUGAGGGGAAGCAUGUCGGCGGGGAUGGGGACGGGCGGCAGCCCCCAAGGCCUGGCCCGGCCUCCUGCCUGGCGCUGUACAGCGCUGUGACCGACCACAAGGAGGCGCUGGAAGACUGGCAGGCGCUCCGGGGGCUGGAGGACCUGCGCGCGGUUAAACGGAGGUCACGGCUCGACGCCAGGAACUGGUUCCUGGUGAUGCUGGGACAGGAGCGGGGGUGUGUGUCCGUGCUGAAGUGGAAUUCGGGGGAGGUGCUGCACAGAGCUCCAGCGCACAGCGGGCAGAAUGUCACCGCCCUGCUGGCCGACCCUGGGAAUGGCUACCUGUUUUCUGCAGGGGAGGACAGGACGGUGCAGGUGUGGAAGGUUUGCCCCCUCGCUCCUGACUGUCUGAGCCCCCACCUCAGCCUCCCCUGUGGGCAGCCGCCCGUGCGCUUGACCUCCCUGGGACCCCUGCUGGCCCUGGCCUUGCAGGAGCCCCACAGUGCCACCUACUGCCUGCUUCACGUGUGCCUGGAGACCCAGAGCACCACUGAGCACCCGCCCAGCCAAGACCACCUGGACUGCAUCACGGGGCUUUGUGCGUGUCCUCAGUUGGGUGUGCUGGCCUCCAGUAGUCGGGACGGGACCAUCCGCAUUUGGGACGAUGAGAACCGUCUCCUCAGAAUCCUCCAGCUGAAUGCAGAGCCAGAGUGUCUGGCGUACUGCAGGCAGAGUGGGGACCUGCUGCUGGGGAUCAGGGGUGACCUGUACAGGAUCCCCAAAACCCAGCUGCUACCCUGCCGCCCGUACCUGACAGGCACAGGGGACCUACUGCUGGACAGGGGGACCUACAGGUAA